CACCACAACACCAAACCCCUGGAAAUCUCUCUGUCAAACACAAAAGCAAAAACCGAAAAGCCAAAAUCUUCUCAUUCCCUAAACUGCUUAGACAUGUGUGGCGGAGCUAUGAUCUCCGAACUCAUGCCGCCGAUGACGGUGCCGCCGUCGCGGCGGGUGACUGCUAAUUUAUUAUGGCCUAAUCUGAAGAACCGGAGCUCGGGCAAGUCCAGGAAGGCGAUCAACCUGGUCGAUGACUUCGAGGCUGAUUUCAAGGAGUUCAAGGACGAAGAAUCCGACGAGGAAGAGGAACUGGAUGUGAAGCCCUUCGUUUUCUCUGCCGAACCUCCUCAUGCUGAGAGUCACAGCCGUGGUAUCUCUCGUGGCUCUACAGUUACAAAAUCCAUGGAAUUCAGUGGGCAAGCUGAGAAAUCUGCUAAGAGGAAGAGAAAGAACCAGUAUCGGGGAAUCAGGCAGCGACCUUGGGGAAAAUGGGCAGCCGAGAUUCGCGAUCCAUUGAAAGGUGUCCGUGUAUGGUUAGGAACUUUUAAUACUGCAGAAGAAGCAGCCAGAGCAUAUGAUGCUGAAGCACGUAGAAUUCGUGGAAAGAAGGCUAAGGUGAAUUUCCCUGAGGAAACUCCACUGGCUUCUCCAAGGCAUCCAGUGAAGGUAAACACUUAUACACCACUUCCAAAGGCCAAUCUGAACUCAGUCCAACCACAUCUGGACCAAAAUUUGUUUGGCUCGAACAAUCCUGAUCUGGAGUAUUACGGUAAUAUGGGAUUCUUUGAAGAGAAACCACCCACUAAUCAGUUUGGAUGUGUGGACACUUUUCCUGCCAAUGGAAAUGUUGGUGUCAAGUCCUUUUCUUCCUCCGGGAAUGCCCCAAUGUAUUUCAAUUCAGACCAAGGGAGUAAGAGUAACUCUCUGGAUUGUUCCGACUAUGGGUGGGGGGAAAAAGGUCCAACAACUCCUGAAAUCUCAUCUGUUAUUUCAGCUUUUGAAGGCGAUGACUUAGUGUUCAUGGAAAAUGCUAUCCCCAAGAAGAAGCUGAAGUCCUGCUCUGAGGAGGUGGUGCCCCCUCAAGAGAAUUCUGCUAAGUCCCUGUCUGAUGAGCUUACGGCUUUUGAUUCACAGAUGAAGCUCCUGAUUCCUUGUCUUGAGGGGAGUUGGGAUGCUGGACUUGAUAGUUUCCUUAACGGAGACUCAACUCAAGACGGAGAGAACUUAAUGGAUUUCUGGAAUUUUGAUGACCUCUCCUCCAUGCAGGUGGCUGGGGGAGUUUUCUAAAUGAAUUUUGUUCGCUUGCUGGGAUUUUGUAAAUAAAGCUACAUGUUAGGUGAGUUGCAUACCUCUCAUAGCUGCUUAUUUCUGCUGGUUUGGUGUCUGGUUCUUGUGCUUGAUUUCAUUGUUCUCCCAGUUGUGUGAAUCCCUGGAUGCUUGUCCCAAUCGUUGGUUUCACUGCUUCCAGGAUGGUUGUCUGCCAUGAAGAUGGAGUGCUAGAGAACUUUAUUAGUAGUUCUCAGGAUCUUUUGGUCUUAGGGGGUAUUACUAUUACAUGGGUUGUUUAGGUGCAGUUUUAUAUUGAGACAUUUGCUGAUCGUCCGAUGUGUGAAUAUGGUAAUGAAAUCCUGAAACCAGAUAUAUAACAUAUUUACUUUGUUUCUACAUGGUCUUUUUUUUUCAACUGGAGACCAUAAA